AUGAUAGAACAGAGCUUACGCAGCCCUGCAGAGGAUCUUGGAUGCAAUGCUGUGAACGAAGACAACAUGACCAAGAUGCUCACAAGUAUACGUACAGAUAGCUUGGGAAUGCUGGGAGCUGAUGCGGUUGAUUCGCUGUUUGACAGCGAUGUUGGCGAUAACGAUGGAGCUGCUGGGCAGGUGCCAUUGGUAACGUCAACAGACUCUACCUCUUCUCCAGCAGGAUUCUCACAUGGAGGCCCUCGAAGUGCCCACUCGGUUCACUCGGCACCUCAAAGUAACAGCAACUGUAAUCCGCCGUCAACGCCUACGCCGUCUGCACCGCUUUCGACGCCGUUCCCUCCACAAGUACCGACAUCACAACCGAGCAGUUUUCCACAAUCAUCUCCUCAGUCAUCCACAUUUCGACCACCUUCAUCACCGCAACAAGCGACCCGAUAUCCUUCAACGACUCCCAACCAGUCCUCAUCGUUCUCGCAAAAUGCCCAAUCCCAAGCACCUUUCUUUCAACAACCUCCGUCUUCUCAAGGCGAGAACUUUCCCCCGUCGACGAUGGCAUCAUCGACAAACUUUCCAAUGGCGUCGUCGUCCCAAAGUGUCGGCUUUCCUCCCUCAGCCCCACAGCCAUCGAACUACCCGCAACAGAAUGCCAUGCAACAAAGCGCGUACCCGCAACAGAUGGCCAUCGGCUGUUGGUAUCCGGGCUAUGACAUGCCCUCGUCAGCGCACAUGAGUCAACAACAACAAAUGGCCAUGCAGGUGAGCUUGAACUUUGACUGA